UCUGUCUUGUAUUUCUCCACUGCCAUUUUGCUUUCCUGGAUCCCCAGAGGUCAAUGUGUAAGCAUAAUUGGAGGGCAUGAAGCACGUCCACACAUGAGACCAUAUAUGGCCCUAAUCAGAGGACAUGACGUUUGUGGAGGAAUUUUGAUCACACCAAGAUGGGUGUUAACAGCAGCUCAUUGCUCUCUGGCCUUGAAUACUAGAGUUAUUCUUGGAGCUCAUUACUUUUAUGAAAUAGAGAGAAGUCAGCAACAUUUUAAAAUUGCUAAAUCGAUUCGUUUUCCAUAUUAUAACUACAGCACACAUGAACAUGACAUGAUGCUUCUACAGCUUCAAGGCAGAGCAAAGCUUAAUCGAUACGUGAGGGUCAUUCCACUUCCUACAGAUUAUGAUGAUGUCAAAGCAGGCACAUCAUGUUUAAUAGCUGGAUGGGGCAUUACUUACAAUGGAGACCAAAACCCAUCUGAUACACUGCGCGAAGUUAUUGUCACUGUCAUUGAGAGAAGCGUCUGCAAUGACAAGAAUCACUACAAUCACAAUCCUUUUAUCACACUGGACAUGCUGUGUGCUGGUGAUCAGAAAGGAGGGAAGGAUGCAUGUAGGGGUGACUCUGGUGGUCCUCUGAUAUGCAAUGGAGAACUAAGAGGCAUCAUAGCCAUUGGUAUUAAAGAGAAAUGUGGCACAAUCCAGUACCCAGGCAUCUACACUCUCCUUACCGAGCAGCAUCUCUUAUGGAUAAAUUACAUCACAAGGCAUGAUUUAUAGAUUCAGCAGCUGAUUUUGUGAUUAUUGAAUGAAGCAUUCCUUUAAGGCUGUUUUAGAUUGCAUUUAUCUCAUUCAUCCUCAUUAUAAGUUUGCCAGCCCUGUGUCAGCAAUCCCCAAGAGCUUUGGGGGGGCAGAGCAGGGGGAGCAUCACUGAUGUGGUGAUGUCACUUCCAGAAGUAAUAUAACCCUGCUCCCAGGUUCUAGAACUUCCCCCAGUUGGUAUGGGAAAGAUGUCUUGGAAAGUCUCAGACAUGGUGAUUGAAGUUAUGUUGCCAUACCUGUGACAUCAUCCCACUCCCCACAGCCAGAACGAAGUUGGGAGAGGAAGUUACGAUUUUGGGCAACCUGGUAAGCCUACUUGUCAGGUAUGUCAGGUGCAGUAUGUCACCCAAUUAUUGAACGUGUCAUCAAUGAAAUCAUAUGAGUUUUAGGUAAUCCAUUAUUUCAUAAAUGCAAUCACACAUAUUUGCAUAUUAAUAAUACUGUCAUUCUGAGGAAAGAUUAUCAUGAUGCGCAAACAUAACUGGAACCAUUUUAGAAGAUGCAUUCCCUCUUGUGUAAGGAAGAAGAAAUAAUAUCUUCUUGCUGGGCAUUUUUUUCCAGGGGAUACAAGAUGAUACAUAGUACCGGCACCUCUUUUCGGAGUACUGGCACCUCUUUCUGGAGGACCGGCACUUCUGAGGCAUUCAGGAGGACUUGGGCUGAGAGGGGAGAACAACAUGAGUACCAGCACCUCAUUUUUAAGGGGGAAAAGCACUGGUUAAUAUCACAGGGAAUGCACCUUUUAAAUGAAUGCCAGUAUUCACAGUAUUUUGGUGUUAGCCUUAAAAGUUAGCCUUUAAUAUUGCUUGCAGUUAAUCAGAUAUAUAAUGAGUUAUAUAUCAAAUAACAAAUUUUAAAAGUUAUAAAUCUUUAACUUUGCUUUGAUAGCUUCAAGAUACAUUUUAAAUGUUAGUUAUGUUCUCCUACAGUAAAACAAAACUCCUAUGACAUGGAGCUAAGCAAGAAGACACGUCCGUUGGAUUAAUUCCCUUGCUUAUACAUCUGCCAGUGGUCAGGUGGAGGCUUUUAUAAAUUUCAACAUAUUCUUCUACCUAGCAACCAUCAUGUGACCCCCGCAAAUUGCUACUUCAACCUUGAUCUCCUGCUUAUUUGCCUAUAUGUUACAAAUUCAGCAGCUGAUUUCCUAAUUUUAAUGCAUCUUAAA